AUGGCGUCUGCCAAUGCUACUGCGGAGGCUCAGGCAGCUGCGGAAGCAGCUUUGAAUGCUGGGUUGAAGGAAAUUUUGGAUAAAAUCUUGUCCCCUGGUAUUCCAGGGGUGGCCUUAGAUGGCUGGUGGGUUGGGAUUAUCUGUGUCUUGACCUACAAAUAUUUUCGAAAUUUCCCGCGGGACAGACUCGCAAUGAAAGCUCUGGUUGCCUGGAUAUUUGUACUGCAAAUUUUUAGUUUCGGCAUCCUGAUCAGCAUGGUUAACUAUUACUUUGUGACAUCUUAUGGCCAGCCCAUUCGCAUGGCUGUGUCUAUAUGGGAAUGGUCUCUUUAUAUUGGUCUAUUGGCCAUCGUCGCAUUCAGUGUCCAGAUGUUCUAUGCCCAUCGCAUCUUCACCUUAAGUGGAAACGGGUACGUUCUUGGUGGAUUGGUUGUCACUUUGGCAUUCACCGCAUUUGGAUUUGGUCUGGCAUCGAUGAGUACUAUCUUCAAGAUUCGUGCAUUCUCGGGCCUAGAAGACCACACUUGGCUGGUCGUCAUUUGGCUGUCGAUAUCAACUGCCUGCGAUAUUUUGAUCUCCACUCUGCAAGUGUUUUAUUUGUUCCGUCGGAAGUCACGAAAUGGACUUGCUAGAACAAACCGGAUGAUAAAAGUACUCAUCAUGUACAUUUUGAGCACGGGCCUGCUAACUAGUGUCGUUCUCGUUGUUCAACUUGUGACCUUCGCUAUUAUGGGAUAUAAUUACAUUGACUUUUUCUUGGGUUAUCAAACAACUGCCAUUCGCUCGCUGUGUCUGUUAGCAAAUCUGGGGGCUCGACAUACUAUUCGCAAAAUGGACAACUCUAAUACCGAAUUUAGGCUGCCCAUUACCGAGACAGGACGGGUGAUAACCCCCAUUGUAUUCAGCCCAGAAAAGGUGACCAAAACAGGCGGUGUGGUCACUGUUUCAGUCUCCAACACCAACACCAGUGGAACCACGGACAUUGAAUUGUCCAGCUCCAGUGUCAACCCCAGCGGCACCGAAAGCUCCAGUGGAGCAUCCAGAAACGCAUCCUCAUAG